CCCCGGUUCUCUCCGCAGGGAAUGACAUAGCGCUGCGGAAGCUCUGCGAGCUGCAGGCAGGAGAGAAGUGCUGCGUGGUGGGGACCCUCUUCAAGGCCAUGCAGCUGCAGCCCUCCAUCCUGCAGGAGAUCAGCGAGGAGCACAACCUGGUGCCACAACCCCCCCUGCCCAAGUACAUUGACCCCUCCGACGAGCUGAUCCUGGAGGAUGAGGCCAAGUACUUGACCAAGAAGACGCAGGCAGCAAGUGUGGAGGCCAUGAAGAUGCUGGAUGAGAUCCUGCUGCAGCUUUGUAGCUCCGUGCCUGUGGAUGUGAUGCCCGGUGAGUUUGACCCCACCAACUACAUGCUGCCGCAGCAGCCGCUGCACCACUGCAUGCUGCCCCUCUCCAGCGCCUACGCCACGCUGCGCCUGGUCACCAAUCCCUACCAGGCUGAUGUGGACGGCGUCAGGUUUUUGGGGACGUCGGGACAAAACGUCAGUGACAUCUUCAAGUACAGCAGCAUGGAUGACUACCUGGAGAUCCUGGAGUGGAACCUGGAGAUCCGGGAGUGGACGCUGCUGGCAGGACACAUCAGCCCCACAGCGCCGGACACGCUGGGCUGCUACCCCUUCUACAACUUGGACCCCUUCAUCAUCACCGAGUGCCCACACGUCUACUUCUGUGGCAAUGCUCCCCGCUUCCAGUCCAAGCUGCUCACAGGCACCAGCCUUGGGGCGAGCAGCAGCAUGGCCCUAGGAAGCAGCGCGGGUGAGGAGCUGGAGCCCACCCGGAGCGGGCUGCUGGGCUCAAGGAGACUCGGAAAGCGAUGCCGGAGCCUGCGGUGA